GCUUCUUCUCUCUGAGUGUGCAACUGUUUUCUCUCUUUCUCUGAUUAUAGUGAUCACAAAGUAAAAGAGCAGAGUUUGGUAUACAAUCAUGUUGGGUUUGGUUUUGGGAGUUGGAAGGGAGCUUGGUUCCUCCAUGUGGAUGGUCCUUUUGUGCAGCCUUGUUGCUCUUGUGGCCCUCAAAUGGCUUCUGCAGAAUGCAAAUUCCUGGUACUAUGAAACCCCGCUGGGUGAAAAGAAGUACUCUCUCCCUCCUGGUGACUUGGGCUGGCCUUUCAUUGGCAACAUGUGGUCUUUUCUCAGAGCUUUCAAGUCCUCCAACCCUGAAGCCUUCCUCAACUCCAUGGUUUCCAGGUUUGGUCGUACUGGAAUCUACAAAACCUUCAUGUUUGGGAGCCCAAGUAUCGUCGUUACAACGCCUGAAGCAAGUAAAAAAGUUUUGACAGAUGAUGAUGCAUUUAAACCCGGGUGGCCUGUUUCCACAGAGGAACUAAUUGGAAAGAACUCAUUCACUAGUAUAUCUUUUGAAGAACACAAACGUCUGCGAAAGCUAACAGCAGCUCCAGUCAAUGGUUAUGAAGCAUUGUCCGUGUACACGACGUAUAUUGAAGAAAGGGUCAUAUCAUCUUUGGAGAAAUGGUCCAAAAUGGGAGAAAUAGAGUUCUUAACUCAACUCAGAAAGCUUACUUUCAGGAUUAUCAUGUACAUCUUUCUGAGCUCAGAGAGCGAGCCAGUCAUGGAGGCUCUGGAGAAGGAAUAUACAAUUCUUAACUAUGGAGUUAGAGCCAUGGCAAUCAAUCUUCCGGGAUUUGCAUACCAUAAAGCACUUAAGGCUCGGAAAAACCUUGUCUCUACAUUUCAAUCCAUUGUGGACGACCGAAGAGCUCAAAGGAAGGCCGGAAACUACGUGGCAAAGAAGAAAGAUAUGAUGGAUGCUCUGCUAGAUGUUGUUGAUGACGAUGGAAGAAAACUUACAGAUGCGGAAAUUAUAGAUGUUCUGUUAAUGUACUUGAAUGCAGGCCAUGAAUCUUCUGGACAUACAAUGAUGUGGGCCGCCGUUUUCCUACAAAAACACCCAAAUUUUUUCCAGAAAGCUAAGGCAGAGCAAGAAGAGAUUGUAAAAAGGAGGCCACCAACACAGAAGGGCAUGACGUUUAAGGAAUAUCGAGAAAUGGAGUAUCUUUCCCAGGUGAUUGAUGAAACUCUUCGUGUCGUGACAUUCUCCCUUACCGUUUUUCGAGAGGCAAAGAAAGAUGUCAACAUAAACGGUUAUAGCGUUCCUAAGGGCUGGAAAGUUUUGGUCUGGUUCAGGAGCAUUCACUAUGAUUCUGAAAUAUACCCAAAUCCAUUGGAAUUCAACCCUGAUCGAUGGGAUAACUACACACCCAAACCAUUAACUUUUCUUCCCUUUGGAGCUGGAAGCCGGCUGUGCCCCGGAAAUGAUCUUGCUAAGCUGGAAAUCGCUAUCUUCCUUCACCAUUUCCUCCUUAACUAUAAGAUGGAACGUACUAAUCCGGACGGCCCAUUGAUGUACUUGCCACACACUAGGCCAAAAGACAAUUGCUUGGCAAGAAUCAAGAAAACUGGAUCUGCAUAGACAUGAGAGGAGAAAUGAAGAAGAAAACACAGACUGUACUUAAUAUCAAAGGUUAUGAAAACCCAGAGUUUGUGUCUGCCUUAUAUAUUAGCUUUUAGGUUCUAAGUUUUUGGUUGGCAAGUUUUGAACUUAGAUCUGCCCAUCUAUUACCAGACUGGAAUGGAAAUGUGGUUGACUAACAGGGUCAGGUCCCUGGCCCUAAUGUGGAGACAGGCCAUGUAUGAUAUUG